CUGGUUUGGCGGCGGUGGUUAUCCCAAGUGCCCCGCCUCCCUACUCUGUGCUUGACAGCCGGGGCUGCAGCCAUGGCAGAUGAGAUCAGAAAGGCUCAGUGUGCCCAGCCUGGGGGAGACACCAUCUUCGGGAAGAUCAUCCGCAAAGAGAUUCCGGCCAACAUCUUCUAUGAGGAUGAGCAAUGUAUCGCCUUCCAUGAUGUCUCUCCACAAGCUCCAGUACAUUUCCUAGUGGUGCCUAAGAAGCAUAUUAGCCGUUUAUCUGAAGCGGAUCCUGCUGAUGAAGCUCUACUAGGACAUCUGAUGAUUGUUGGCAAGAAUUGUGCUGCCGAUCUGGGCUUGGCGAAAGGCUUUCGGCUGGUCCUCAAUGAUGGAGCAGAUGGUGGCCAGUCUGUGUACCACAUUCACCUGCAUGUUCUUGGCGGACGUCAGCUGGGCUGGCCUCCAGGCUAA